GUUCAAGCAGAUUUCAUUUCAUGCUGCUCAAUGGCUCCACGGUGGGAAGAUGCUGUUGAAGAGGUGGCAGCAGAAGCUGGUGCUGGUUUCGAAGCUGCUUUUGUGUUUGUCAGCGAGCUGUAUGUCGAUCAAGCUCAGGGCAUGGCCCCUGUGCUAGAAGCUAUCCAAGAACGGUUGGACGUCGAACACGUGGUUGGAGGUGCAUGUCCUGGCGCUAUCGGACAGACAACAGGCAAGAUGGCUUCCGAGUACGUCGGGGCUGCACGGCAACCCUGUGAGGUGGAGGCUGGCUUCGUGCUGUCUGUUGCUGUCGUGCGAAGUGCUGGUGCCGUACCUUUCUUCCUCGGGGCAAACGCUGAGGGGGACUUGGCCCUCAUCAACCGGAUGGCAGAAGGCGGAGAGGUACGCUCUAUGAUCUUACUCGCAGAUCCGUUUGGACCAGUUGAGGACAUUAUGCAAAGCUUGGACGAAAGCUUUCCAAAGGUUCCCAAAGCUGGUGGAAUCACUACUGUUCUCCGGGUGGGAACACAGGAGCGAUCAUCUUUCAUGCCGUCCAUGGCGAUUUGCUCAAAAGGCAACAAAGCUCGCCUUUUGAGUCAGGGGGUUUGUGGGCUUCUGCUCACCCAGAUGGAUGUUCACACGGUGGUGUGUCAGGGUUGCCUGGGAGUUGGCCCGGCUGUUCGUAUAACCAAUGUUUCGGGCCCUGUCUGUGUUGGUAUUGGAGGAAGGCCCGCAAAAGAAGCGUUGAUGCUGAUCUUUGGUGCUGUUGACGAGGACCUGAGAGCCAAGAUGCAAACAAAUUUGGUCGUUGGCUUGGGCCGUCAGGGUGAGAGUGAGACAUCAGUUGAUGAUGGAGAUUGGCUUAUCCGUGGUAUAGCUGAGGUGACCCCGAACGGGAGCUUUGUUCUCGGGCCUGGAAUUGCAGAGGGCCAACCCUUGCGCUUCCACGUACGAGACAAAGAGUCUGCAGAGGGUGACCUGACAUUGAUGCUGAAGAGAUAUCGGUUGGAGCGGACGUUCAGCGGCGGCAAGGAGCCUAUCGGUUCCUUGCUCUUCACCUGCAACGGACGGGGCCAGGGCUUGUAUGGACGCCAGCAUGUAGAUGCACGAGCGCUUCAAGAAGCUCUGGGAGAAGAGCUUGGACAGCGCGUGGGUGGUUUCUUCUGUAAUGGGGAGAUAGGCGCGCCAGGCCUGGUGCUCCAAGCUGCAGAUCUGAAUGAGCGCACGGAGGUCAGGAAGACAGCUUUGCAUGGCUUCACAGCAGUAUUUGCGAUGCUAGUGCCGGCCCAGUCUUGA